AAAAAAAAAGCACCAAAUGACGACGCCUUUCGCUCAAGACGCGCGCACUCGCCGGGCUACGGAGCGCGGAGGAGAGAUGGCGGAUUCGCAGAGCAACCGCGCGGCGGUUCAGGCCACCAACGACGACGCCUCCGCCAGUAAACUGUCAUGUGUGAAAAAGGGGUACAUGCAGGAUGAUUAUAUACAUUUAUUUGUUAGGAAGCCUGUGAGAAGAUCCCCCAUAAUAAAUCGAGGUUAUUUUGCUCGAUGGGCUGCCUUAAGAAAGCUUCUAUACCAGUUUCUUGAUUGUGAAAGACAUACUGAAGAAAAAGGAACUAAGAAACAGAUAUUAUCGCUUGGAGCUGGCUUUGAUACAAUGUACUUUCAAUUGCAGGAUGAGGGUAAAGCACCAGAUUUGUACGUGGAAUUGGAUUUCAAGGAGGUUACUAGUAAGAAGGCUGCCAUUAUUGAGACCUAUGGCCAGUUGAGGGAGAAAAUUGGGACAACGGCAUAUAUAUCACGAGAAAAGGGAGAAGUAAUUAGUGAACAUUACAAGCUUCUUCCAGUUGACUUGCGUGACAUACCAAAGUUGGAUGACAUUAUUUCAUUGGCUAAUAUUGAUCCAAGCCUGCCGACCUUUAUAAUUGCAGAAUGUGUCUUGAUAUACUUGGCUCCAGAGUCAAGUCAGUCUAUUGUUGGUUGGACUUCAAAAACAUUUUCAACAGCAAUUUUCUUCUUAUAUGAGCAGAUCCAUCCAGAUGAUGCUUUUGGGCUGCAAAUGAUCAGAAAUUUAGAGAGUCGUGGCUGUGCUCUUCUGGGAAUACACGCUACUCCAACGUUAUCAGCAAAAGAAAAUCUCUUUAUUGACCUGGGUUGGCAGAGGGCCACUGCGUGGGAUAUGCUCAAGGUGUACAGCAGUUUUAUUGAAGCUCAAGAGAGGCGCAGGAUUGAGCGACUGGAAAUAUUUGAUGAAUUUGAAGAAUGGCACAUGAUGCAGGAGCACUAUUGCGUGGCUUAUGCAAUCAAUGACUCAAUGGGACUGUUCGGAGACUUUGGUUUUCCUAAAGAGAGAGACCAGCAGCCACUGCAAUCCCCGUGAAUUCACACGGUUUACGGCGUAUCUAGCCGAGGUAGCGACAUGUGCGCGAAAACGGCAUGCCGGUUCGAUGUGUCUACAAGGUGCCUGCCGCUUACUUAGAUAUUUUGACGAGUUGGUGUGUAUGUGGAUGCGUCUUCUCAGUUCAUUUCGUUUUGGUUUGACUUUAAGCAAAGACAGAUGCUUCUCUCUCUCUCUCUCUCUCUGUGCCUCUGCUAGCUGUUUGGCAACAGAAAACGUGGGGGGGUCCCAUAGACGCGUCCCUGAAUUUAUUUGUCCCGAGUCCUAUGUGGGGUCUUGAGUAUAUUUCCGGAUCUAUUCCUGAGGCGCAUCUACACUUAUCCUUAUGCUUGGCUUCUUUCUUUCUUUCUUUC